GAUUCUGGCAGCACUGGCUGUGGCUAUAUGCUAUAUGUGGCGCUCGCGCACAUGUUGUUAUUGUUCUAAUAUGUUAUGAUUAAAUAGAUACACAUUUGUAUUAUUUUCAUUAUUUUUAAACAAAAUGAAGGUGAAAGUUUUAUCAAGGAAUCCAGAUGAAUACUUACGAGAAACGAAACGCGAUAUUUGUAAAGUUCCUAGGAACUAUGAUCCAGCAUUACAUCCUUUUGAAGCAGCAAGAGAAUAUACUAGGGCACUGAAUGCAGUAAAAUUGGAAAGAGUAUUUGCUAAACCUUUCAUAGGAAAUUUGGAAGGUCAUAAGGAUGGAGUAUCAUGCUUUUGUAAACAUCCAACAGAAUUGUCCACACUUGCUAGUGGAGCUUUCGAUGGUGAAGUAAAAGUAUGGAAUCUUGCCCAAAAAACUUGUGAACGUACAUUUUUGGCACAUGAUGGUAUAAUACGUGGGAUUGUGUUUGAUGUAAAUGUUGAACAUUUUAUAACUGUUGGUGAUGACAAAACUAUUAAAGUAUGGAAAGCAGAAAAACCGUCAUUUGGUACAGAAGAAGAACCAAUAAAUACAAUUAUUAGCAAAACUAUAAUUACUGGAAUUUCUCAUCAUCGAAGAAAGCCUAUAUUUGCAACAUGUGGUGAAGUAUGUCAUCUGUGGGAAGAAACCAGAAAUGAACCAAUUCGAACAUUUAAAUGGGGUGUCGAUAGCUUAUAUGACAUUAAAUACAAUCCAGUUCAGUCUAAUUUACUUGCUGCUUGUGCAAGUGAUCGUAGUAUUAUCUUGUAUGAUGCUAGAGAAACAGGUCCGCUACGGAAAGUGUUCAUGAGGUUAAAGACCAAUAAAUUGUCUUGGAAUCCAAUGGAAGCUGUAACUUUUACAUGUGCUAAUGAAGAUUACAAUUUAUACACUUUUGACAUUCGUAAACUAAAAACUCCAGUAAAUGUACAUAAGGAUCAUGUGGAAGCUGUAGUUGAUGUGGAUUAUGCACCAACUGGUAAAGAAUUUGUGACUGGCAGUUACGAUAAAUCUAUACGUGUUUUUGAAGUUAACAAGGGUCAUUCCCGAGAAGUGUAUCAUACAAAACGCAUGCAACGACUAGUGUGUGUAGCAUGGUCCCUGGACAAUAAGUAUCUUCUCAGCGGUAGCGAUGAGAUGAAUAUUAGAAUUUGGAAAGCUAGGGCCUCUGAGAAGUUGGGUGUGUUGAAACCUAGAGAGAAGGCAGCUCUCAAUUACAGUGAGGCACUGAAAGAAAAGUUUGCUGCGCAUCCUCAAGUUAAACGAAUUGCUCGACAUAGACAAGUUCCAAAACACAUUUAUAAGGCUAAAAACGAGUUACGUACAAUUCGUGAGAAAAGUAAACGAAAGGAAGCUAAUAGACGCGCUCAUUCUAAACCAGGAGCAGUACCAUUUGUUUCAGAGAGAGAAAGGCAUGUGGUUCGACAAAACAUUUAA